UUGGAGGGAGAGUGUGUGUGUUGACCCGAGGGAAGCGCUCGUGAAAUGUGCAUUCGUCCAUGAGGUGCCUUUGCAAUUUUGUGCGAAAAAAUAUAAUGUUUAGUGUUGACGCGUGGAGAUAACUACCAGCAUGCUGCGGUUCUUUAGCAAGAGAGUCGGGCGCAAUGCCCAGAAGUACAAAAGUGUGGACGACGGGCGGGCGGCGGGGGCGCCUCCCAAGCCCAAGCACGUCCUCCCCUGCAAGGUCAUGCUCCUCGACGACAGCAACCUCUCCUUCGACCUGCCGAAAAAGGCGCUGGGCCAGGAGCUGUACGAGCGGGUCUUCUACUCCAUGGACAUCAUCGAGAAAGACUACUUCGGCCUCCAAUACACCGACGCCAACCACGUCCCGCAUUGGCUUGACCCGACUAAAUCAAUAAAAAAACAAGUUAAAAUCGGGCCGCCGUACACGUUCCGGUUCAAAGUCAAGUUCUAUUCGUCCGAGCCGAACUUGCUGCGGGAGGAGCUGACGCGGUACCAAUUCUUUUUGCAGCUGAAAAGUGACAUUGUCUCAGGGAAACUGGAAUGUCCUUAUGCUCUCGGUGUUGAGUUGUUUGCUCUAAGUCUUCAGUCUGAGCUUGGUGACUAUGACCCAGAAGUUCAUACUCCAGGGUUUGUAUCCGAAUUCCAUUUCUCCCCAAUGCAGUCUGAUGCAAUGGAGGAAGAUACCUGGGAGAAAUUUAAAGAGUUUACAGGGUUAACUCCGGCCCAAGCUGAGCAGAGUUAUUUGAAUAAAGCAAAGUGGCUGGAGAUGUAUGGAGUCGACAUGCAUGAAGUGAUGGGGAAAGAUGGCGGGGGCUACAGACUAGGCUUAACACCCACUGGCAUUUUGGUGUUUGAAGGGGAAACCAAGAUCGGUCUCUUCUUUUGGCCCAAAAUAACACGCCUAGAUUUCAAGAAGAAGAAAUUAACGCUCAUGGUAGUUGAGGACGACGACGAGGGGAGGGAACAGGAACACACUUUUGUCUUUAGGUUGCACAAUGAGAAGGCCUGCAAGCACCUCUGGAAAUGUGCUGUUGAACACCACUCAUUUUUCAGGCUAAAAGCUCCGAGUAAAGGACCCUCAGGAAGACAAAAUUUCUUUAGAAUGGGCUCAAGGUUUAGAUACAGUGGACGCACAGAGUUCCAGACAACCCUUCAACAACGCACUAGACGCACAGUGCAGUUUGAGAGGCGUCCCAGUCAACGUUUUGCUAGACGACAGAGUCAUGUUGCGAAGGAAAAGCACCAGAAAAGUGUGAUUGAGAAACGAGCUGAUAAAGUGAAAGCUGCUGAAACUGCCAGUACCAGUGCAAGUACUGCAACAAGUACAACUCCUUCAGAAACACCUGCAAACCCAAGUGUCACCACCACAGCCAGCACCACGAACACGAGCACCACCACCAAGCCGAACACAUCAUCCGGCAGCACUCCAACCGCCACCUCCUCUGCAACACCUCCACCUUCUCCUCUGGACGUACCCUCUUCGCCAGCGCAAGUGUCUGCGCACGCCCUAGCCCACCUGCCCACCCCAUCCAUUGCAUCCCAUACCUCCUCCACCACAACUUCCUCGGCAGGCGCUGGCUCUAGUCCAGGCACUCUAGCAGCAGCCCCAACUUGUAAUGGCACAGAAGAUGCCACGUAUGCUGCUGAAGACAGGCUAGACAGCUUGAUUAAGAGUUUGGCCAAAGACACAUCAGUACCAAGCUAUUUGGACAGUACAGUCAAUGAGCUGGCUCUGGCCAAGCCAAUUCAGAAAGAUUCUGGGGCAGAGGCUCUGCCGCAGCCCACAGGGGCAAUAGAAGCAGAAGUCCUUGUCAACAAGAUGAAGAACCUCGACAGCUGCAACAGCACCAACAACAGUGUCAGCUCCACGACCUCAAAAGUGAAGGACGUGAACGUGGUGGUCGUCCCCAACAACCAAGCCACGCUCACCAAGAACGCGGCCCGACCCAUUCCUCCCGAGCAGUUCAAGUCGAAUAUAUUGAAAGCUAAAGCGGAGGAGGAGUUAAAAAAAGGACCAGCAACUGUUGACAUAGAGAAAACCGCAACAGGAUCUCUAAAGAUUUCAAAUGGGGAGGAGGCAGAUAGUUCAGCUUGUAGAGAAGAACCAGAUGGGGACAAAGAUGGUGGUUCUCUGUCUCGUAUAAAGAAAGCUGGCAAUGCCGAUGUAUGUGGAAGUACUGACGGGGCCACAUUUGUUUCUGUGGGAGGUGACAAGCUGACCUUGUCCCUUGGUGCUGCUAGUGCUGCAGAUGGCGGCAGCAAACCCAGUCCUGCACAGCAUAGAUUGGAAGGCCUGGAUGAGAGGGAGCUGUCUUGCGAGGACUCAUCCCCUCUCCUUCAACUUGACCCACCUGUCACAGUGACCCAUUUCACCACCUCCAGUCAGACCACACCCCUGGAUCACCUCACAUUCCCCUCCCACGACCUCACAGAUGCAUCAACUGCCUCUCCUAAUGCUACUACAAACUUAACUCUCUCAACUUCUAAUAACUUUAUCAGUAACCCUUUCAACCCAUUUGCAUCUAGUGUCUUUAACACUAGUAACCCUUUCAGUUCUGCGAAUAAUAUUACUAAUAAUCCCUUCAGUGUGUCCACCACCACUGCAGCUGUCAUCUCAAACCCCUUUGUGAAGUCCUCUCCUUCCUCCCUGAGCUCCACCACGUCAACCCUUGCCAGCAGCAAGGCGGUCUCCAGUAGUGGUGCUGAGGAGGUCCUGGGCAACGGGGACGUCAGCCCCGGCUCCCCUUACGCUCCCUCUGACCCCUCUGCUGAGAGUGGGCCCUCUCCCCCUCAAUCUCCGCGCUCUUUCACCUCAACCACGUCCUCCCAAGCCAGCUCCCCGGCCUUCUCCUCGCCUGAACUCCCUGCCAGUCAAGAUUUAGAUAAAGAAACAGCCUUCACUGGAAACCAGCCUGUAACAAGGUCCUCAUCAGCAACAAGCAGUCGCAGCUACAUCAUGAACAAGAGUACCCAUACAAACUCGUCACUGAACCAAAUGUCCCCGUGGCUUGUAGCUGAUCCACCUGCACCAGUAUCAUCGACCAAGCUGGAUCCCCCUAAAGUCCGUACAGUUAUAACCACAGAGCUUUGAAAGAAAAUGAGUUUAUAUGCACUUUUUUAGUAGCACUCUGAUUUCAACGUGUAAUUCAUGUAGGGUAUUGCUCUGUUACAUUUUUUAAAAACUCCAUGACACUGGAGUUUAUACUUUUGUGUGGUAAUAUAUUUCUUCCAGUCAAAUGUAAAAUGCUGUAUUAGUUGUAUCAUUCUUUUCCAUUAGACAGAAAUUAAAGAAUGUCAUGAGCUACAUGAGAAGCAGCUAUGGUAAUGUGUGCCUUCUUUGCCUUUCAUAUAUUUUUAAAAGAAAACUGUAACUACAUGUAUAUAAUCAUCUUAUUUUCUCACUGAAUGGUUGAUUGUAGAGGUGAUGUUGCUGCAAAUAGUCUAAUUUAGAUUCAUCUCUAUUUAAUCUUGGUAUAUUUUGGGAAUAAAUCAAUAUGUUUAUGGUUUUCUUUUUCCCUUUUAUAUAUAUAUAUAUUUUUUUUUUUUUCUAAAAAAAGGCAAUUUUCUUUUCUGAAUGCAGUAUUAAUGUCUUUUGAACCUAUAGUCAAUCAUUCCUCAUUAAUAUGAAACAGUGAUUAUUCACCUCAUAACUUUAUGUACAAUAACUAAAAUGACAUGUCAAGAACCCUAUGGAUUUUCUGCUUGGCAUAAAAUAUAAGGUUGCUGGUCUUGGGGUACAAUAGACCUUGGUUGUUAAUACCCUCACUCCUGGCCCCCUAUCCUGGUAUAGGGUUUUACUGUAAGAGUCAUUGCUUCCUUCUGCUUUGCUUAGUUUUAGGCUGUCAUAUGCAAAUGCUGAAUUUAUUAAGAUGUUCAUUGUGCCAAAUUAUGUGCAAUAUCAUUUAACAGCUUUGCUGAAAAGUCACUGACUAAGCAAUCUGAAGUUGAAGUAAGGACUGGUCACCAUACCUUGUUCAUGUGUUCUUCUCUUGAUCUUGGAUUAUCAAUUAGAAGGAUACAAGAUUAUUUUAAAAGCUGUAUGCAUUGUCAUCAUUUUGUAAAUCUUCUUGUACUAUGCUAUACUUUUCCUGUUUUAUGAGGCAGUGGUAGGACUUGUAUUAACUGGUACCAGGAGUGCAGUGGGUAUCUUAUCCUGUUGCCGCCCUCUCUGUGAUGUUUUUUUUUUAUGAUAAGUUCAUAAUUUUGAAUGAUUCUUUAUCAAUUAUUUCUAUAAUUUUGAGUGACAAUACUGCUCAAAAAUGUAUGAAGGAUGUUAGCAAGAUAAGUAUUACUUCCAUAAAACCAAAACUUACCAAAUUUAUUUGUGUAGAUUAAUUGUAUUUGGAAUACACCUUGUUAUUGGAAAUAUGAGGAAUAUAGUGUACUAUUUUCUUUGUAAUCUGCUGCAUAUUCUUAGACAAUAGUUAAUAGAACUGUAAGAGCUAUGACAGCAAAUAACUAACCAGAUGAGUUUGGAAACAAGAUGAUAUUUAACAGCUAAGAGUUUUUUGUACAGUGAAGGUGUAAUAUAUGUGUGAUAUGAAAAA